AUGGCUUCUGCAACGAGCUUUUACGACUUCAAGCCAAAAGACAAAAAAGGCGAACCCUACGACCUCUCCAAGCUCAACGGCAAAGUCGUCCUGGUCGUGAACACGGCGUCCAAAUGCGGCUUCACACCCCAGUUUGAAGGCCUCGAGAAGCUGUACAAGGAACUCAAGGCCAAGCACCCCAACGACUUUGAGAUUCUCGGUUUCCCCUGCAACCAGUUUGGCGGCCAGGACCCGGGCUCCAACGACGAGAUUCAGACGUUUUGCCAGGUCAACUAUGGUGUUAGUUUUCCCGUGCUGGGCAAGAUUGAUGUCAACGGCGCCACGGCAGACCCCGCGUUCGAAUGGCUCAAGAACGAAAAGCCGGGCCUCAUGGGCCUCAAGCGCGUCAAGUGGAACUUUGAAAAGUUCCUCGUUGGCCGUGACGGCAAGGUCAAGGGCAGAUGGGCCAGCACCAAGAAGCCUGAUGAUCUCAAGGCCGAGAUCGAGAAGGAGUUGAAUGCUAAAUAA